GAUGAUGCGGGAUAGUCAAACAACAAAAUGGCUGCCAAAACUACAUUGAGAAUGGUGAUCGGAGGUUAUCGGUGUGGCUGGCCAAGUGACACACAACGGAGAGCUUCAUGAGAAUCGAAUAUAUUACACUCCAUUAUUUCCUCUAUCCAUUACACACAACAUGACUACAAGAAAUCGUCUCUGAUAAUUUAUUUACAUUUUUUUUAAAACCCGGAUUAUAUUUUCAUUUGAAGCAACGAAAGGGUAUUUUCUAUCUAUCUAUACAUACAUGUAUAUUCCCCUUUUCUAUCGUCUUCUUUUCUCUAUUUUGCUUGCAUUAAUGAUUGUUGAUUGGCGUUACAGCCCUGCCCACCUCUGCAACCAAAUAUCUUUUUAUUGAAUGUGUUUCCACGGAAUUGUCUAUAGUUCAAUGUCUGAUUUGCUGAAAGCUUGCUUCAACAACAAAACAGUUUAUUAUUGACACUAUUAUCAUCAUAUAAUAUUUAUAAUACUGCUUGUUACUUCAGAACUGUCGGAAGGAAGUGUUAUUGUUAUCAAAUUCCCGGUUGAAGCCAUUCCACUUACGUUGCCUAAUAACAUACCCUUAGCGAAGGCAUGAGCAUCCUAACAUCCCGUUUUGUCAUAACUCCUGUAAAUCUAAGACGUUGUUGCACUCGUAAAAAAAGACUCCAAUUUUAUUAUAUCGUGGAAUAUCAACAUUUUCUUUAAUUACAAGUUUGAAGUUACCACACCUACCCACCGGAGAGAAACACGCACAUCUUCAUAUACAAAGAGAGAAGUAAUUUCCAACGAUCAAUUGCCUGUUAUUUUGGACUUGGAUUUAAAGAAAGUAAAAAGGAAAAGAGAAAAAAAAAAAACAACGCCUUUGCUCUCAUAUGUUAACAUUCUCUAAUAGUUGAUACCCUACGGCAGCAAAGAGAACGAGUGAUUGAGUGGGCAAGAUUAUUUGUAACUGACCCCUCAGCAAUAAGUUCAACCCAAGGGAUUUUACAAUUUUGGUCAUCCAGUUAAGAAACAAGUCAACACAUACUUCAUCGAACAAACCAAUAACCAAACUGUCAAACGUCUAAAUUCAAUCAGAAUAAGGGUGUGUUGUGUUGUAUUGUGACACAAGAUCCAGUAAUAGUAUAUACACACAGACACCCACAUGUAGGCUUUUACGUGCUUGUAUCUCAAUUUCAACAGUGUGUUACAUACACACACAGAGGAGUACAACAGGAUUUUAUUUUGUUGUGUGUGUGUAUAUAGUAGUAGUGGUGUUGGUGCCGUUAUUCGUUGUAAAUUCAUUUUCAACGGAGACAAAAAGAACCACAACAAAACAAAAAAAAGUACAAAUUAUAUAUCACACUAGGAAAAAAAAAAGACAGUAUGUCAUUCUUCAGUAACUUUAAGAAGAUCUUCCGCCUUAGUGGUGCCGACGACGAUUUGAAGAAGAAAAAGAACAUUCAUCCAUGUAUCAAAACAGAUGUCGACCCAAAACUAUUCUGGGAUUUAAUCGGCGAGUUGGGAGAUGGAGCUUUCGGAAAAGUAUACAAGGCCCAAAACAAGCAAACUGGAGAAUUUGCAGCAUUGAAGAAAGUUGAGAUAAAGACUGAAGAGGAUCUUGAGGAUUUUACUGUUGAAAUAGACAUCCUCUAUGAGUGCCGGCAUGAAAAUGUUGUUGCUCUUCAUGAAGCUUAUUUUUAUGAUGAUUUUCUUUGGAUGUUCAUUGAAUUCUGUGGAGGUGGUGCUCUGGAUUCUAUCAUGCUUGAUUUGGAAAAACCAUUGACAGAAGACCAAAUCCGUUAUGUCUGUCAUUAUAUGUGCAAAGCUUUGACUUUCCUUCAUGACAGCAAUAUUAUUCACCGUGAUUUGAAAGCAGGCAAUGUUCUCUUAACCAUGGAAGGUGAUGUCAAGUUAGCUGACUUUGGUGUGUCUGCUAAAAACACAAAACCUAACCAAUGCCGAGACUCUUUCAUUGGUACGCCUUAUUGGAUGGCCCCGGAAGUAAUCCUAUGUGAAGCUAUUAAAGACAAUCCAUACAACUACAAAGCUGACAUAUGGUCAUUAGGUGUCACUCUCAUUGAAUUUGCUCAGAUUGAACCCCCUAACAAUGAUAUGCAUCAAAUGAGGGUGCUAAUAAAAAUUCAGAAAUCUGACCCUCCGACUCUCGACUAUCCUUCCAGAUGGUCCCCUGCAUUUAGUCAUUUCAUCAGCAAGUGCCUCGUCAAAGAUCCAGCACAGCGUCCAACGGCAGCUGAAUUGCUAGAGCAUCCUUUUAUCAAACUUUCUACCGACAAGAAACCAAUAUUAAACCUGUUGAGUGAAGCAAAGGCUGAAGUGGAGGAGACAGUUCUUGAAAUGGAUGAUGAAGAAGAUAUAAAGUCAAUCAAGAACAUUCCAGAGGACAGCAAAUCCUUCGAUCUGGACACAAUCUCCAACCUGAAUAUUGAAGACAUGGAGAAAACAGACCCGGGCAAGGAUGACAUUAUUAUUGAAAAUGAUAAAGAUAUUCCUGCCCCUGUUGACUCCAGCACACCCUCACCAGCUUCCUUAACCACAGACAAAGACACGAAACAGAGCAAAACUGUUUCAAAUGAUUCCAGUAGUGUUUCCAUUCCUGAGCCUUCUUCCAAAAUUCCCCAAGCUUUACCCGAUACUACUGAAUGUGCUUCUAACAGUCCAGAUGUCCCAUCUGAGGCUCCAACCCCUAUCAGUGAAAGUUGCAGCUCCCUGUCUGACACCCAUGAGAACAUUGCACAAAAGCCCACCAGUCUGCCUGUCAGUAGUAAUAAUGAUAAUACCAUGGCUGAAAUUAGUGUUGAUAAGAAAUCAUUGGAAACCACUGAGGACUUAGAUCGCUCCUCUGAUGAAGGGUUAGGUCCUAGUGGAGAUGAGAAGUCUGAUGCCAGUGCGAGCCCUGCUAAAAUUGUCGAGGACAAAAUUUUGGUUCCUAGUGGUCCAGCAGAUACUGUGAUUUCAACUACGUCUCCAUCAGAUAUACUAAUUCAGCAAAAGGAGGAAGAUUCUAACAAAGCUAAUAUAGCUUACCAGAUUCUUGAAGACAUCAUUGAUGACGUCAUCAAGUCAACAACUGUCCAGCCUUCCAUUCCAGCAGUUGUCUUUGAUACAGUUAGUGAUGUGGUCGAAGAAGACAGAGAGAUUAAUGACCAAGAUGAAGUGCCAGGUGAUUUCCAUUUUGAGAAAAUUACCAAUGAUGAGCCCAUUAGUGCCUUAAAUGAGACGGAGGUGCAAGAAGUUAAAGUCAGCAUUUUAGAGGACAAUGAAGACAAUGUGCCAUGUGAACCAUUAACUGAUUUGAAUUCUGUGUUUACAAUCAAUGGACAAGUGAUACCAGAAAACCAUAGUGAAUUUGUUGCUAAUGGUUAUGUACCUGGGACAGAAAAUGGUACAUAUGAUACGAACAAUGUGUCUGUGGCUAACACGAAGCCACAACCAGUCCAACAUACGGACUUAGACACAUUUGAAACUAAACUGGAUAUUUCAAACCCAGAUGAGGAUGAUGAUCAACUGAAAGAUUCUGAUACCCUUACCUCCCUCAGCAGUUUUGAGAAAGAGGAGAAGAAACCACCAAAAGAUAAUGCUGUCUUACGGUAUAAACAAAAGCAAAAAACGGAAACUAAGAGCCAUUACAGAACCAUCACUAAGACCAGGAAAUUUAUCAAGGAUGGUGUUAUGGUGACAAGCACCACUUCGAAGGUUAUAGCAAUGGGAGAAGAAAACAAAGUUAAAGAUGACCAUUUUCUCAGGAAGCAAGAUCUCCGUGAAAUGAAACGUUUACAGAAAUCUGAAAACAAACAAUAUCAAGCUCUUAUUGUUAAGGCCCAGGUUGCAAAAGAACUCCAAGAUAAGAAAUUUGAAAUGGAAAUGCAGGGUCUUUUGAAAACUUAUGAACAAGACCUGGAUGGGCUGACUCGCCAGCAGAAACAGCAAGCUGAAAAGGUAGAAUGCAACCAAGCAAUGGAAUCAAAGACAGCAGCCAAGAAAAUUAAGAUAGAGCAGGAAAAAGAGUUAAAGAUUUUCAAAGAACAACAAAGGCAGGACAUGAAGCUCUUAAAACAAGAAUUAGACCUUCUACCGAAAGAUACUAAAAAAGAAUCAUUACGGAAGCGAAAAGAAGAAAAGGAAAUUGAAUUGGCAGAUAAGGAACGCCAGUUUUUAGAGAACCAAAGAGAAAGAAUGGAAAAACAUAUGAAACAAUUAACUGACCAGCACCGACAGAAGAUAGCUUUAUUGGAGAGUCAAUACCUUCAACAGAAACAGCAACUUCUGCGAGCUCGAGAAGCUGCUUUAUGGGAAAUGGAAAAGAACCAACUCCAUGAUAAACACCAACAAGAGAAAGGUCAGCUGAAAGACUUGUUCUUCCUUAAAAGACAUCAAAUGCUUAACCGGCAUGUAAAGGAAAUUGAACAAAUGAAACGAAGUAAUGCAGCCAAGGAAGAAGAAGUUCAGCGCUACCAAAUUCUUGACAAGAGGCGCCAUCCAAAAGUGAUUAAGAGCCAAUCAAAAAUCCGUGCCCAGAUGUUCAAACAGAGUUUACGGCUGAGCACCGUUGGAACACCUGAAGAAGACAGAGUCAAGAUGAAACAGUUUGAAGAAAAUGAAAAGAAACGGAUGAAAUCUGAGUUUGCACGUCUAGAAGCUAAACACAAGAAGCAAUGGGAUAAAUUGCUCUUGGACAAUGAGACCGCUCUCAAGGAGUUGGAACAAAUACAGGCUGAGAAACGCAAGAUGUUGAUGGAGCAUGAAACUCAAAAGAUUAAAGAAUUAGAUGACCAGUAUCAAAAUGAACUACGUAAAUGGAAAAGUGAGUUGAUUCCGCGGAAACAGAAACUAGAAGAAGAGUUUUUCCACCAGAAAGAAGAUCAAGAAAAGUUUUAUGGUAACACAUUAGGUUCAGGUGAUGGCAACUCUGAAUCGAGUCUCAGUCCUGGAAGUCUACGAAAGAAGGAUUCUUCCUCAGUUCGGCACUCAACAAUUAUAUAGGAGGAAUUCUUCCUUUUCAUCACUUUCAACCCAGAGAUUCCUAUGUAAAAAUAAUGAUAAUUUUAAUAAUGAUGAUAUGAUAAUAAUAAUUAUAAUAAUAACAUAAUAAAUAUAUUAAUGAUGAUGAAAAAUAAAGGACAAGAAGAAGAAAAGAAUGUGCUAUAACCCCUCUCCUCUUUCAGUUAAACUGUCAGACACAAGUCUGUAAUAGUUUGUAAGUAUUUGAUUGUAUGAAUGAAAGUGGAGCCCUCAUCCCAUCGAUGGCUGUUUACUUGAUCAGUUGAUUAAUUCCCCUAAAUCAUAUUGAUUGCAAUCUUGAAAGCCUCAUCUUCCUUAUGCCUGUUAUAUACCCCCACCUUUUGUUAUAGGCUGUUUUUAUUUUAACCAUGAUAAAAGCUUUCAGUUUAAAACUGAAGUUUGUUCUUUUUUUACAUGUUUUUUUCUUGUUCUGUUACACUGGAAAAAUAAAACAAAACACUCACACACGCACACACACACACAUGUACACACACAUACACACACACAUACAUUCUGAAUACAUGCCUGUUUACCUAUCUACUUAUCUUUGUGGUAAGAAUUCUGUUUCUUGCAGAAAUAUUUUGUUAACAUUCAACCUGUAAAAGUUUCCAGUAACUUCUGUAUGAUUUAAUAAAAGCUAACUAAAUUGUUGAUCACUUA